AACAGCUGGUGCCGGUGCGUAAUGACCUUUUGUCUCCCGGCGGUCAGGUACGGAGAGGGGGGCGGAGACACGGGAGGAGCGGCUUCGGAUCGGACUGGUCCCGGCGUCCCGCACAAACAAAUGGCCGUGAGCCGACACGAAAGAAGAGUGUGAUCUGUGUUUCUUUUCCUCUCUCGGUGCGACCACGGCGAAAGAUCUGCCUCCAUGCUCACAUAGCAGGUCUGAAGGGGGCAAGGAGCGCUCUUCAUCCUCACUCUGCACUGUGCAUUUUAUCCGUCUGGCAGGAGAAUGGGAGAGUCCUGUUGACACCACGGAGAGAUACACGCUGAGACCGACUAUGGCUGUGGACGCGGCGUCCAGCUUCAGUUUUUGCCGUGCCUCCCUGGAGCACACGGUGUCUGCUGAGGAGCUGAGCUACCAGCUGCCGCGUCGCGCCGGAGGCAGCAACCUGACCUGGCACGACGGCCGUGGCCAGAGGACAGCGCACACACGCACCGUCAAACUAUUGCAGCAGCCCGGCACAGAGGGCAUCCAGUUGCAUCCAGGUGAAGCCUUCGCCGUGUAUCACACGAGCCCUACGCUGUCCAGCCUGUCCAAACCUGUGGUGCUGUGGACUCAGCAGGACGUCUGCAAGUGGCUUAAGAAGCACUGUCCUCACAACUACCUGACUUAUGUAGAGGCCUUCUCCCAUCAUGCCAUUACAGGACGAGCGCUGCUGCGUUUGAACGGGGAGAAGCUGGAGAGGAUGGGAAUCGUCCAGGAGACGCUGAGGCAGGAGGUCCUCCAGCAAGUCCUCCAGCUGCAGGUCAGAGAGGAGGUCCGCAACCUGCAGCUCCUCAGUCGAACCUCCUUUGGAAACUUCUCUUAGCUCAUCCCUGGAUCCAUUUGGCAGCCCUCUCCCCUCGUCCCCCCUCAUUCCCCGUCACAAUACGUCUCUAGGAGCCAUGGAGGAGCUGCUGUCUUCAGAUAUGUGAGCGGAGAAUCAACCAGUGAAAGGAGAGAGGAGAAGGGCCAAUAGACUACACGCCAGCUCGUCUGGAGGAUUCUCAUUCAACACGGCCAAUCUGGUUUAUGGACACCAAGGCAGAGACAGAGACCCCUGCUCAAGGCAAGGGUGCCAACUGUAACAUAAUGACAAGAUGAGGGAUUCUCGGUCCUCGUGAUGAUGUAAGCCUGACCCUCGUACGUCCUCGAUCAUAGCUCAUCGCAGCAAAUUCUUUCCCGUCUCAUUUAAAGUGGACUGAUUGGGCUGUUUCAUGUCAAGCUUUGGUUUUUGCAGGAUUCAAACUAUAAUCUAAAUUAUAGAGUCAACUGUUUUACAGGCAGCACUACAAAUUUAACAAUGGAGUGGUGAAAAAAAAAACUUCCAGUCAAUCUUUAUCACCUUUUGAAGCAGCAACAUUUUACCUGAUCUUAAAUACACUUGACUGUAAUUGAAUCCUCACCCACUCUGCAUUCUCCUCCCAGGAGGAUCAUCAACAAGUUGAAUGUCAUUCCCACAAUAAGUCUUUUUUUCUGUAUUGUGACUUAUCUGCAGUAUGUCAUUGAGAAAUUAGGAACUAUAUAUAUACAGUAUGAGCGUUGUAGACUUUCAUCUGUGUAUACUGUAACAGUAUUUUAGUCUUUUAUUAAUGGCAUGGGUCCAGAGGGCUCACAGAGUCGAUGUGAUAAUCACUGACUUUUCAUGCUUCAUAAAGCAAUAAUUUAAAUGGUAAUGGGUGAAGAGGAUAGAGCAAUGCCUGGGAUUAAUAUUAACACAUCUUUUCUACAGGAAUUAGAUGCACAGUGUGAGCGCCUGCUGAGGGAAACAUACUGUACAUCCUGCCUGUACAUCUUGCCUACGGUGGCAGCUUGCCAACCUCGUAGAGCCUCAGUGCUUGGUGUGCGCUAGUGUAUUCUGUAUGUCAUCUUGCGCGCACACGUACAGCGAGAAAGGACAAGACUCUGCCCUGUUCUGUUGUGUUUCUCCCCCUCCUUGUGAUAUUUCCAAAUGAAACAGCUACCCAAGAUUUCAACUGUGACUGAAGCCAGCACCUUUGAUGUCACUCCAAGCAGCAGUGGCAGACAGCUCUGUAAGGGGGGGGAUGAUGUGGACGCUCAACAUUAAUAAAUACAUUUCAUGAAUAAAUCAACUUUAAGCAAACAAGACCUCCCCAUCCAGCAGCCUUUCAUCCGUGCUUUGACAACAAGUCUUUGGCUAAUGUGAGUUACUGACUGUUAAAAAAGGGAGAAAACACUCCGUAUUAUUUUUAGAUUACCACAUGUACUGUAAAUAUCGACACUUUGGUUUACUGUGACUGAUGAUUGAUGAACUGUCUGAAAUGCAAAAAAAAAAGGGAGAACAUUUAUGGGCACAUGGUAUGUAACAUGAUGGAUGCUGUCUUUUUUUGAAUAAACUGAUUUAGAUGAA